GAUGGAGUCCCAUGUUUACCUCGAGCUCCGCGAGCCCUCACGUUGGAAUGUAGGCGGCCACACCCACGGCUUCAUGUCUGCACAGGGAGCUGCUUACCUCCCCGCCGCGGGGGGAGUUCACACCUGGCGGGGCCCGCUGAGCAGGAUUUGGGCGGAGGGAGACGGGUUUGUGGUAGUCAGGCGUGGUGUGACGGUGGACCCUCGCAGGCUCUGCUCGUAGUCUUCGGUAGCAGAGAGGACGCACCAUGGAUCUUAUGUCAGCACACUGAGGGUGUCAAGCAAGAGCAAAGCCCCCAGCCCGCCGGCACUGAAGAGUCUGGACUCCUCAGGUUUCUCCCAGUGGUAUCCAGGAAACCUGGCUUUCACCAUGGACCACAAGGAGAAUCUCAUCGAUAAGGACCUCUCGCUGGUCGUGGUUUUGCCGGACGGGGUGGAAAAGAUGACCACGGUUCACGGCAGCAAACCCCUGAUGGAUCUGCUGGUGACGCUGUGUGCCAGGUACCACCUCAACCCGUCCAGCUACACCUUAGAACUGCUGCCAGCCGGCCGGCACGACACCAAGCUGAAGCCCAGCGCUCUCAUCGGAACCCUGGAGGCAGAGAAGGUGGUCCUCAAAGCCCGAGGAGACGACAAGAACAAGAAAGUCGGUCCUCACAUGCCAGAGGCCACGGUCCGCAUGGUGAUCAACUACAAGAAGAGCCAGAAAACAAUUCUCAGGAUCAGUCCUGAGGUUCCCCUGACUCAACUCCUGCCAGCCAUCUGUGAGAAGUGUGAGUUUGCAGUGGAGAGCACACUUCUGUUCAGAGACCCGCACUCAUUGGCCCCUCUGGACCUGGCCUGGUCCCUCAACCAUUACGCCAUCAGGGAGGUCUAUGCACGAGGCUGUGCGGGAAACAUUCCUCCUCCUGCAUGUCUGGACUCCGCCCCCCCGGCAGCAGUGACGCCAGGCAAAAAUAAGACUCAGAAAGAAAAAGAGAACAAGGGACUCUUCAGCAAGUUCAGGAAGAGCAAGAAAACCUCGACGCAGGCCACGGCGGCCAGUGCCCCGGCUUCUCCGGUGCUGGUGAUCAAGCCUCGACCGCUCAGCAUGGCCCUGCCCGGACCCAGCUCGCCGCCGCUCAUGUCGCCGGGUGACGAGGCGCCCAAGAAGAGGCGAGCGCCUCAGCCGCCCAUCCUGGUGUCUCAGAACUGCCACACCCACCCCGGUACCCGCCAGAGGUUCUACUCCGUACCCAACACCCCGCUGGACUGCAUUCAGGUGUCGGGUCCGAGUCCCGGCUCCUCAGCUGAGUCGUCGCUGAAGAGACCCAAACGCAAGGCCCCCCUCCCGCCUACAUCCCCGGGGGUGACUGUCCCGGAAACGGUUUUUGCUGAGGAAAAUACUCAAGAGUCUGACGGCCAUCUCGCUGUUUUUGCAGAGCUCCCAGCAGCUGAAACACUGGAGGAGAUAAUGGAAGAGACGCCAGCAGCUGCAACCCAGGUCCAGGGAGAAGACCCGAGUCUCCCAGACCUUGGGGACGAUCAAUGCGGUGAUCUGUCCUCAGAUGGCAAAGCGCCACAGGUCCCAGGUGACACCUUGGAUGUCAAGACACUGGCUGGCACGUCUCACCUGGCAGAACGUCAGCCCACACCUGAACAGCCCGGAGACGAGGACCGCGUCCCUGGAACCGACGGCCCCCAGCCGUCACCGCAGGGUGCAGAGACAUCUCAGGCAUCUGUUGGGGAAACCUCCACGGAGGAGACGUUUGAGCCCGAGCACCUGGGCAUAAAGGGCGCAUCGCCCCCCAGUGGCGAGGACGCACAAUUGCAGACGGAUCAAGACAUCUCUCCUGCCGACCAGACGGCGAAUGUCACCACUUCCGCCGACCUCACCUGUAGCCAAGCCUCAGAGGUUUCCUCGUGCCAAGACUCCACGCCAAAAUCCCCCAGCCGCCUAGACUUUGAGCCCAAGCCUUCCAAUGAGUUGACCAGGGACUACGUUCCCAAGGUGGGGAUGACCACGUACACGGUGGUGCCUCCCAAGUCCAAUGAGAAGCUGAGGUACUUUGAAGUCGCGCUGACACUGGAGUUGCCCCCUGCUGCUCAGUCCGGCGGGGAGGGGCCACCAGUCAACGUAGACUCUGUCGAUGGAUGCCUAGCUCAGUCCAUUCCCGCCUCACCUCCCAGCAGGUUGUGCUCACCUCAAGAAGGUCCACCAGGGGAGGUCCGGGCCACCAAAGUUCCACCCGCAACUAAACCCAAGCCGGGUUCUUUCCGCUUGCCCAAGCACAAAAAGCCAGCUGGGUAUUACGUAACAUCAGCCGCGGAGAAGACCGGUCCAGUUUCUGUGGACCGGGUGGACUUACCACCACUCGAGGGCGCCACAGCGGCGACUGAUGCUUCCGGCCAGGUGCGGGAGACGAGGCAGAGCAAAGAGCAAAGGCUAAGCUUGGAGAAACUCAGGAGCUUUGCUACUCCCAGGCCUUUUUCCCCCAGAACGCCGUCCCGCUUCGCCCAGGCCGUGUCCGUUGCCGUGAGGCGGAGCCACUCCUCGCCACGCGGACCCGAGUCAACCGGCUCUCCGCCGAGGCCGCGUCCUCCUGCUGCCGGACCGUGUUCCUUCGUCGAGAAGGCUGCAGUCUUGGAUUUGAAGGGCCAGGUGCCCGGGGUCCAGGGUCAAACCACAUCCUCAGACCGAAGUCAAGAGCCACCAACAGAAGCUCCUGAUGACAGCAAAUGAUCUUCUGAGAACAUCUGGACCUCUCUGCCCCCAGACACCUUCAUAGACCUGACCCUUCAUGGACUUCUCUGCCCCCAGACCCCUUCAUAGACCUGACCCUUCAUGGACUUCUCUGCUCCCAGACACCUUCAUAGACCUGACCCUUCAUGGUCUUCUCUGCUCCCAGACACCUUCAUAGACCUGACCCUUCAUGGUCUUCUCUGCCCCCAGACACCUUCAUAGACCUGACCCUUCAUGGUCUUCUCUGCUCCCAGACACCUUUGUAGACCUGACCCUUCAUGGUCUUCUCUGCUCCCAGACACCUUCAUAGACCUGACCCUUCAAGGUCUUCUCUGCUCCCAGACACCUUCAUAGACCUGACCCUUCAUGGUCUUCUCUGCUCCCAGACACCUUCGUAGACCUGACCCUUCAUGGUCUUUUCUGCUCCCAGACACCUUCAUAGACCUGACCUUUCAUGGACUUCUCUGCUCCCAGACACCUUCGUAGACCUGACCCUUCAUGGUCUUCUCUGCCCCCAGACACCUUCAUAGACCUGACCCUUCAUUGUCUUCUCUGCUCCCAGACACCUUCAUAGACCUGACCCUUCAUGGUCUUCUCUGCUCCCAGACACCUUCAUAGACCUGACCCUUCAUGGUCUUCUCUGCUCCCAGACACCUUCAUAGACCUGACCCUUCAUGGUCUUCUCUGCUCCCAGACACCUUCAUAGACCUGACCCUUCAUGGUCUUCUCUGCUCCCAGACACCUUCAUAGACCUGACACUUCAUGGAUUUCUCUAAUCCCAGAUACUUUUACAGACCUGACCUUUCAUGGUCAUAUUUUCUCCCAGACACCUCCAUUGACCUGACACAUCAUGGUCUUCUUUUUUCCCCAGACACCUUCAUAGACCUGACCCUUCAUGGUCUUCUUUUUUCCCCAGACACCUUCAUAGACCUGACCCUUCAUGGAUUUCUCUGCUCCCAGAUACUUUUACAGACCUGACCUUUCAUGGUCGUAUUUUCUCCCAGACACUUUCAUAGAUAUGACCCUUCGUGGUCUUCUUUUCUCCCAGUCAUGGACUUCUCUGCUCCCAGACACCUUCAUAGACCUGACCCUUCAUGGUCUUCUCUGCUCCCAGACACUUUCAUAGACCUGACCCUUCAUGGACUUAUUUGCUCCCAGACACCUUCAUAGACCUGACAUUUCAUGGACUUCUUUGCUCCCAGACACCUUCAUAGACCUGACCCCUCAUGGACUUCUCUGCUCCCAGACACCUUCAUAGACCUGACCCUUCAUGGACUUCUUUUAAUUAUGCUUUUAUUUUCAGUCUGAUGCUCUAACUUGCAUUUAAUGCAUUGCUGUUUUAGAGGAUCAGAAUAUAAACAGUUCUAUAAAUGUUGAUGAUUUUUCAGAGUUGCAGUGAAGUGUGUUGGGUUUAUAGUCCAGGUCCUGGCUGAUGGUACUCAAAGACCCGCAGAGGAGUCUUUUCUAUUUAAAUGUGCUGAAACUGUAUGCCAGAAAUGAGGAAUAAAGGUGCAGUAAAACUGAA